AAGUAGCGGUACUGAUAAUUCCGCUACUCGAUGCUAGAUGGCGUCAUGGCGACUACGAAAAUAGUGUUUUAGUACCAAAACUGAUGUAUGCAAUGAGCACUCUAUGUAUAGAAUUGGUACAUGGAGAUUGUAUUCCUUACCUCCACCUUCCUUAUCUCUAAAAGUACUUGGUCGAAAAUCUUCGGUUCAAACUUCGGUUGUGCUGCAUAGAGCAUUAAAAACGGUUUCCAAAAAAUUUAAAAAUGUCUAAAAAUUUUACCCUUCUGAACGCCACGCAUUCAGUGAACCUUGUCGGAAUGCACGCAGGUUGAUAUUCGGCUAUAGCCGCCGGGGGGGCAGUUGACGUAUUUGGCGGUCAAAGGGUUAAGGACCUAAUCGAUUAAUCAUAGUUGUGUUCUAAUUAAAGGUGUGUUGUUGCAAACAAAUAUAUAAUAGUUGCGUUCCUAUCGCCCACCAUAACGUCUGCGGCGGUAUCAUGGUCGCAUUUUUAUCACUUGUCAUAAAUAAAUAAAUAUUAUAGGACAUUUUUACACAAAUUGACUAAGUCCCACGGUAAGCUCAAUAAGGCUUGUGUUGAGGGUACUUAGACAACGAUAUAUAUAAUAUAUAAAUAUACAUAGAAAACACCCAUGACUCAGGAACAAAUAUCCAUGCUCAUCACACGAAUACAUGUCCUUACCAGGAUUUGAACCCGGGUCCGGGCCAGUUUCGUAGGCAGGGUCACUAUUUCUUUGGUCACUACCCACUAGGCCAAACCGGUCGUCAUGUCAUGCGUCACUUUCGUACUUACAUACUUGUUAGAACGGGCAGGCAUGAUGACAGAUGAUAAAAAACCAACCAUCUUAGCCCUACUGUUUUUAAAUAUAAAUUAUCAUAGUCUCAAAAUAUGGUAAGUAAAACAUAAAUUUAUCUAGCCAAAUACAAACUCCGUCAACACAUCGUUAGCGCGAUGCAAACAUCGACAUUUGUGUAAUUUACUGUAAAGCAUAAAUAUAAGUAAAAAAAGAGAGGUAACUGCAUACAUCAGUUUUCUUACCAAAACGCGAGCUAUUUGACUAUUUCGCAAUCGACAUCUAGCGUCAAAUAGCAGAAUUUAGACAAUAGAUGUCGCGACGAAUGAAAACUAACCUCAACAGUUUUCAGUUAAUAUUGUAAUCGGAAUUCUAUUUUCAACUGAUUUAAUAACGCUACUCUCCGCUAGAGGUCGCUAGUAAGAAAUACGUAAAUAAUGCACUACAAUUAGUAUCCGAUUAGACGCUUACAUCACCCAAUAUAUGUAGGGUUGCCAACUUGCCAUAAUUACUGGACUCGCAUCCAGGCCAUAAUAGUAUUUAAAAAAAAAGGAGCAGCUGUCAGCAGCAACGCAGAAUUAAUUUUGCUAAGUAUUAAAAUAUAUAAUUGAAUAGUGCAAGUACUCUUUUCACUACAAGUGUAAUGGCAUCGACGGAGAUUGCGGACGCCAUGGUGGAGGUCCUGCAUUCGUGCGGCUGCUGCCUGCAGCGCGCUUCACAUAUACCCGGCAACAUGAAGAUAUACUGGACAAUGCUGCAAGAAUGCUUCAAUAUAAAAGUAAUUGAAGCGUCUAAAUAUGGGAUCUGCCGGAAGUGUGCAAGUCGCCUGCGAGACGCAAGCAAAUUUAAGCUGCAGGUGCAGCGCAGCCAGGCCGAGCUGCAGGCGCGGCUGGGGUCGCUCCGAGCCACAUAUGAAGAACCUGAAGUCGAGUUGGUGGCCGAAGACAGGACGAGUGAUCACAUAUCAAAUACCGAUCCGUUGUUGGCUGUGGAGGUGGUCAUAAAGAGGGAACCUCCAGAAGAAGCCAGUUCAAGCGUUGACUUGGCAGGCCAGGAAGACCCCGAGCAGCUCCCGGCGAGCUGUAGCGUGUCCGAGCAACCGCCGGGGGAACAUUUCCUGUUGGGUGCCGACGAUGCAAGCACCAGUGUCUGCGGGGAGUCAGAUGACGCAACCAUACCUGCGGCCCGCGAACCAAAAACCGACCAUACAGCCAAGACAAUGCACCCCUGCAAAAUAUGUGGGAAAGAAUUCAGAUUUCCAGGCUCUCUACGGAGGCACACAAGACUUCACAAUGGCGAAAAGCUUUACCCGUGCGAUGUAUGUGAAAAAUCAUUCUCACAAUCUUGUCAUUUACAAGAACACAAAUUAAUUCACACAGGAAUCAAGCCACACUCCUGCGAGACAUGUAAAAAGAGAUUCACACACAAAAACAGUUUAACACAACACAUAAGUUUACAUGACGUAAAACGAGAUAGGCCAUAUGUCUGCGAAGUCUGCAAUAAGAAUUUCGCGCGACUAGGCGCGUUGAAGACUCAUGAACGAAUACACAGUGGAGAAAAACCGUAUGCUUGUGAAAUAUGUUAUAAGGCGUUUACUUUGCCAGAAGGCUUGAGGCGUCAUAAGUUUACCCACAGUGAUGAAAAGCCUUUCCCAUGUGAAAUAUGCCAUAAGAGAUUUUCAGAUACCGGUGACUUAAAGAAACAUAUAAGAACUCAUACUGGGGAGAAACCGUACUCAUGCGAAAUAUGUGAAAAAAAAUUUGCGCAGUUAAGUAAUUUAAAACAACACUUACUUAUACAUACUGGCGCUAAGCCACACGUCUGUGAAGUAUGCCAAAGAAGGUUUACGAAGUCGAGUCACUUAAAAGUGCAUAUGCGGCUUCACCCGGCACUCGGCAGUCGCGCAGUUGCUCCAGUCGCAUGCGUAAUUGAAAGUAAUUUAGACGAAGAAGGGUCGUAAUAUAAAUUAAAAAGCGUGUCAAAGAAAAACUCAGGCUGCACCGACUUCGCUCACAUGUCAGUGGAAUCCCAGUAGAACUGACUGUUUUUUACUUGGCUACACUCGUGACGUCAGUUUCCCUCGCCUACGUUAUCAGGAAACGGACGCAAUAAGGAUGUUGCCAUGAAUUGCGAACGUAUAAAAUGUUAUGUUUUUACCAUAGCAAGUAAUAUUUGAUUUGAACGCUGGAAAUCAUAUUUUGUAAGUGUAAAUGUGCAUAAUAAAUUAAUUAAAAAUAAUCAAAAGUAUUUAAAAUAAUGUCGAGUGUCACUUCACUGCAAACGCCAUCGAGCGCGUUAAGUUACAGUAUGAGAAGAACCCACAUGCUGGCACUUCACGUGGCUGUAUUUCACAAAUAUUCGUAUUGCAUCUCUUUCCUUUGGCAUAUAAAACAAAAGGGAUGCAACACGAAUAUUUGCCAAAUUAUAAAGCCAAGUGAAGUGUCAGCAAUAGACAUGGAUAUCGUUCGUUGGGCAUUGAUAUCCGCCCAGCUGCCUUGUGUUUUAGAUCCUCAGGGUUUGAGUAGGACAGACGGCAAACGACCGGAUGGGUUAACGCUGGUUCCUUGGGCGAGGGGGCGUAGUCUCAUUUGGGAUGCGACGUGCGUCAGUAGUUUCGCUCCGUCGCAUCUUAGUCACACGGUGCGGAGAGCGAGGG